UGCCCCUAUGCGCUGUCACGCUUUACUACCAACAGGCACGGCAUUCCAGGGAGGAAGUCAUUGAAAUCUGAACGACCUGCGACUCUAAAGUUGGAUUACAGCAAGGGUAAACAAGUAUACGCGACGAGUCUGCCUCGGAAUCACUGACAAGAACCAGGUUCGGACCAUGGACUAGAAGCGGCGGACUCGCGACAGAUGGAGGCGGUGAGAAGUUUGCUGUUGGUCGGGGCCGUGCUGCUCGGAGUGACGGGCUCUCUGGGAAGAGAAGUCUGCCUGGGUACAGACAUGAAACUGGAUCUGCCCUCCAGCCUGGAAAAUCACUACGAGACAUUGAGACUGCUGUACACUGGCUGCCAGGUCGUCCAUGGCAACCUGGAGAUCACUCACCUUCACGGACAGCCGGACCUCUCCUUCCUAGAGGAAAUUGUUGAAGUCCACGGAUAUGUACUGGUGGCCCAUGUUUCGGUUGGUUUGGUGCCUUUGAAGAACCUCCGCAUCAUCCGGGGCAGCCAGCUGUACAACUCCAGCUAUGCCCUGGCUGUCAUGGACAACACUCGGAAUGGUCAGGGACUCAGGACUCUCUGGCUGCGCAGCCUCACAGAGAUCCUGCUGGGUGGGGUCUAUAUUUGGGGAAACCCCCAGCUGUGCUUUCCAGACCCUUGGAACAUUGUUUGGAGAGACACCCUGGACGAGCAGAACGACCACGGAAGGCAGCGUCAACUGCAGUCUCGAGCGGCCAAUUGUCCAGCUUGCUCCUCAAAGUGUCAGAAAGGGUGUUGGGGAGAAGGUCCUGAUGACUGCCAGACAUUGACCAGCAUCAACUGUGCUUCUGGCUGUCAGAGGUGUAAAGGUCCUCAUCCCAAUGACUGCUGUCACAUACAGUGUGCUGCAGGAUGUACUGGCCCCAAAGACUCCGACUGUCUGGCUUGUCGUCACUUCAAUGACAGUGGAGUGUGUAAGCGAGAUUGCCCUCCACUAACCAUCUACGACACCAUCACCUUUAACACCAAACCAAACCCAAAUAAGAAGUUCAGCUUUGGAGCCACCUGUGUCAAGACGUGUCCUUAUAACUACCUAGCUAUGGAUGUGGCCUGCACUCUCGCUUGUCCUAAAGCCAACCAGGAGGUUAUCAUCACCCAACCUAAUGGAGAAGAGACGCAGAAAUGUGAAAAGUGUGAAGGGAACUGUCCCAAAGUGUGUUACGGUCUGGGUAAAGACAACCUUGGGAUUACUGACUAUCAUGGCAGCACCAUGGUAACUUCUGCCAAUGUGGACAACUUCAACACGUGCAGUAAGAUAAUCGGUAGUCUGGCCUUCCUCCCGCAAAGCUUUUCUGGGGACCCUAUGACCAACACCUCGGGCCUGUCACUGGAGCAGCUUAAAGCCUUCAAGAACCUGGAGGAGAUUACAGGUUAUUUAUACAUCGAUGCCUGGCCAGCCAACUGGACUGACCUGUCAGUGUUCGAGAAUCUCAAGGUCAUCCGAGGACGGAUGCUCUACAAGGGAGUAUUUUCACUUGGCAUCCAGAAUCUUCACAUUCAGUCUCUCGGGUUGCGUUCUCUGCGGAGCGUCAGUGGAGGACUGAUCUUGUUGCACAACAAUUCCCAGCUGUGCCACACUAACUCACUGCCUUGGAACACUCUCCUUCACCCCACGCAAGGACCGCACUACAUUGUCAACCACAACAGGGAACCCCAAGUUUGUGAGGCAGAGGGCAGUGUGUGUCACCAUCUAUGUAAGGGGGGCUGUUGGGGUCCAGGGCCCAGUCAGUGUGUGUCCUGCAAGACUUUUCAACGUGGAACUGAGUGUGUGGAGCAGUGUGACGUCUAUGAGGGGUCUGUGCGUGAGUACAUAGACGGCUCUCUGUGUGUGGCCUGUCACGCUGAGUGUCGACCGCUCAACGGUUCCGCCUCGUGUCAUGGCCGGGGAGCCGAUCAGUGCACCGAGUGCCUGAAGUUCCAGGAUGGGGAAUCCUGUGUGGAUCAUUGUCCCAAUGGCGUCAAAGAGGACCAGCAGACUGUGUGGAAGUACAGCAACGCUACAGGACACUGCCUGCCGUGCAACACCAACUGCACUCUGUUCUGCACACAGAUGGACGAACGAGGUUGCCCCAUCCAUUCAAAGACAGGACCUGGGACAACUAUCGCAGCAGCCGUGGGUGGUGUGGUGCUCUUCUUCAUCCUGCUGGCUUUGCUGGUCUUCUACCUAAGGAGGCAGAAGAAGCUGAAGAAGAAGGAGACGAUGAGGAGGAUCCUGCAGGAGCACGAGCUGGUGGAGCCUCUCACUCCGAGCGGUGCUUCACCCAAUAAAGCUCAGAUGCGAAUUCUGAAGGAAACUGAACUGAAGAAGUUGAGAGUGCUGGGUGCUGGUGCUUUUGGAACUGUGUAUAAGGGUGUUUGGGCACCGGAUGGGGAAAUGGUGAAAAUUCCUGUUGCCAUCAAGGUGUUAAGGGAGAACACAUCGCCAAAGGCUAAUAAAGAAAUUCUGGAUGAAGCGUUUGUGAUGGCAGGUGUGGCCAGUCCUUAUGUGUGUCGCCUGCUGGGGAUUUGUCUGACCUCCACCGUGCAGCUGGUCACUCAGCUCAUGCCGUAUGGCUGCCUCCUCGACUAUGUGCGUGAAAACAAGGACCGCAUCGGCUCCCAGUUCCUGCUCAACUGGUGUGUCCAAAUUGCUAAGGGGAUGAGCUAUCUGGAGGAGGUUCGCCUCGUCCACCGAGAUCUGGCUGCUCGUAACGUCCUGGUGAAGAACCCAAAUCAUGUGAAGAUCACCGACUUCGGUCUGGCCCGUUUGCUUGACAUCGACGAAACUGAAUACCACGCAGAUGGAGGAAAGGUACCUAUUAAGUGGAUGGCAUUAGAGUCUAUCCUCCACAGGAAGUUCACGCAUCAGAGUGACGUCUGGAGCUAUGGUGUGACUGUAUGGGAGCUGAUGACGUUUGGAGCCAAGCCCUACGACAUGAUCCCAGCCAGGGAGAUUCCGGAGGUUCUGGAAGGAGGAGAGCGACUGCCGCAACCCAUCAUCUGCACCAUUGAGGUCUACAUGAUCAUGGUCAAAUGUUGGAUGAUCGACCCAGACAGUCGUCCCAGAUUUAAAAAUUUGGUGAACGAAUUCACGCUGAUGGCCAGAGACCCUCCCCGUUACGUGGUCAUCCAGAAUGACGAGCAGAUGAGCAUGGCCAACCCGGUGGACAGCCAGUUCUUUCGGAUGCUUCUGGAGGAGGAGGGAAACAACAUGAGGGAAUUGCUGGACGCUGAAAAAUAUCUGGUGCCUCAGCCGAACGUCUUGCCCCGGAGUCAAGUGGACGGAGCUCAGUCCAACGGGCCGUCCAGACACCAGUCCUACAGAAGCAGAGAUCAGGGUCUGGACAUUGAUCCUUCCAUCGCCGGUGGUUCUCGCAGCAUCUACUCCUCCCUGAGCACCCUGCCCCGCAGCCAGUACCCCACUUUACAACUUGGGGUGAGCGCCGCCAACGGCGUGUGGACUCCUCAGUACCCGACUCUCGUCCGCAGCCCUUCUGCUGGAGGCCAGUCGGACUCCGUCUUCCUGGAUGGAUCCCCGGAGGACCCUCUGCCUCCUGCUAGUCCUGGCCGCUACUGCCAAGACCCCACCUAUCCCAACGGCAGUCAGGGGGACCUGGAAACAGACGGGCCCAAUGGUUUUCACCAUCCCUCUCACCUUCAUCAUUCGCUGCCCAGACGAAGUCAUGCCUCUGUUCAGAAUCACGGCUUGCCAGAGUAUGUCAAUCAGGAGAUGCAGAAUUUGAGGAUAGCGAUACCUGAGCGUCCAACAACACUACCCCGCAAAAUAUCCAAAGUGGAGCGACGCCUCCCCAACGGCCUGAGUUCUGGUCACAGCGUGGAGAACCCGGGAUAUUUGGUCCCUGUGACCUCCAAGGGCUCCACCUCUCCUGCAUUUGACAAUCCCUACUAUCUGGACCUUGUGGCCAAGGCCAAAGCAACAUCCGGGUCUGGAAUGCAAAACGGCACAGGAGAGCUGGAGGUAAACGGAGUAGCACCGCGGCCGACAAACGGCUUUGUGACACCUACCGCAGAGAACCCUGAGUACCUGGGACUGGCAGACACCUGGAGCGGAAACACCUGAAGAGAAGACUGGAAAUGUAACCAGCAACUCGAGGGGUAGUUGCUGGAUGUGUUGCGCGGGGGAUGGGACAUAGAGGGUGUUUGUUUGGCCAGUAUGGUACACAUCCACAUCUGGCGUUCUUGGCAGCAUCAGUUCUCAAUCUUCACCACUGCUGUUGCCAAAAAAGCUUCCGUACACAAACAGCAAAGUAUCACGGUACACGAAGAAAAACUCUUCAUUCAAUCAACACUGGACUGGAUCUUUGGACGCUGAUUUCGUCUGUGCUCUGGACAAUUCCCUCUGAUUUGUUUUACGGCAUUGUCAGUUGUCCCUCAGUCCUCCUCUUUGCCACCCUGAUAUGUGAGACGGUCCCAUUUAAUAAAGAGCACAUUGACCGAGAGAAUCAUGAUACGCAUUGAAGAUGCUUAGUAUUCUGGGCACUCUCUCCCGACCUGAUGGGGGUCACCAACACACUCAAUGCCAUUUUGUCCCAUCUGGCCCGAAGACGUGCUUCCUAAAAGAAAGACGUCCUGUAUAGGAGAAGACAGAGGCAUUGUUGGGUUCUGAUGUAUGUGCUUGUUGGAGCGCUUGGCUGCAGAUUCUUUAUGGUACUGUGUGAGUCAGGGAAGGAAUCAGCAGCAUUAGGUUGCAAAAAACCUAAAACAAGUUGGAGAACAACCUUUUAGCCGGGAUGACUGUGUUGCAUUUCAAGUAACGCAGGGAAAUAUACACCCUUUUUACAAGUUUUUGUGGGUUUACACUGUAGAGGACUGCCAGAGGAAGCUUUCAGUCAGUUUCUAUGAAGAAGAUGCAGCUGUUUUUUUUAAUAUAUAUAAAUCACUGUUGAGGAAUUAAUAAUGUUGUCAGCACAUAAUGUUAUUCAUCAUUCAGUUCAAAAGCUAUUUUGACAAUUCUGACUUUCGAGAAAUCUUUAUCAAAAACAGUUGUUCAUUCCAUACUUGACCACGAAUGUGGUAGUCACAAAAACCUGGACCUGUUUGUCAAUACCUCGCUCCUGUCAGGGAGGAACUUUGUGUCUCACUAAGGGAAACAAACACUGUUUUGUUUGACUCAGAUAAUCAGUGCACAGAUCAAAUUCCAUUUAAAGCAGUCGCUGACGUCCCAGUUAAUAAUCGACAGCACUCUGAGACGCUUGCACUGGUGUUUGGAGUGAAGCCCUCAGAGAGGGCAGCCACAUGGACACUGGGACGGGAAUGAUUCUAGCUGUAUACUAAUAAUCACUUGCCCUUGUGUUGUCCAACAUUACUGUGUGAAUCAACCGUCCCCGGAUGGUCUGCAGCUUUUGUUCUGAAAUUGCCAUGUUCUCAUACGGGUUGAUCUUGUAAACUAUAUUAUUGUAUUUUAAUACAUCCUGCUUGUAGUACUAAUGUUUUCUGGAGUGAAAUUGCUUUGGUGUUUUGUGUUCUGUGUAUUUGACAGGUAAAAACCUCUCAGUAUAAAAUAGUAAUGUCAUUUUUGGCUAAAUCCAAAUGUAUUUUUAUAUUUUGUGUUGAUCCAGCGCAUAUAAAACUCUGACCUGUCACUGUUGAAAGUUGAAACCCCAAUUGAAAGACAGAGGUUUUGUACGAUAUAUUCACAUUUUUAUGCGAAAGUAAAUUAAUUGUGUUUGGUUUCUGUGCACAAAGUGUUCUGAUAAAAACUAGUCACGCAGACAGGUACGGCCCAUAAACACUGGCACAAAACAACAAAUGAUUUUCUCUUUGAAAGUGCGUGUGCGUGGCAGAGCAGGGCAGGAACUGUCCACGAACCUUCGGAAGGUUUAAAGAAAUCAAUAAUAUUUUGAAGAAAGUAUUUUCUCUUUUGUACAUAACAAUGUUUUUGUUUACUCUUCUUUGGUCAGUGAGUCCUGCACGACAAGUCUACUUUUAUAACAGGUUCAUUACACAUACUGGUGGUGUGUAUGUACCUUUUUCACAAAGGCAGUGCUCAUGGUUCAAAUGAACACUUUGAUUCUCUGCACUGGUCAGCAUCCAACAUUUUAAUUGGAGAUACCUCAAAAUAUUCUCUAAGACUUCGACUCUCAUCUCAGAGUUUUAAUAUGAGACAUUUGAAACUACAUUAGUCAGCCAGAUGCUGUGACGCCACACUUUACAAAAGCUCAAUAGUAACUCAGUAGCUUGUUAUAAUGGUAGACUUAUGGUGGAAUACUACUUGUACACGCUUCGUGUAUGUAAAUAAACCAGCCUGGUAGCUAAUGUGAUCAAUGUUAAACUGUACAGAACGAUGGAGGGAAAUCACACACUGGGAACUACUUUAUGAAGAAAUUGUUUUUCUAUAGAGUUGUCGCAUUUGUUACUGUGUGUUGUUCAAGAAUAAAUUUAGCAGU